CUCUCUCUCUCUCUCUCUAGACACAAUGCCUGCCCAAGUGAUGUCUGAGAAGCCUCUUCAAGGACUUCAUUUCUCGGAAAGAGAAAGCCACAGCAAUGCCGCUAAUUACCUCCGGAGGUUGGAGGGAAAAGUAGCCAUCGUCACAGGCGGCGCCAAAGGAAUAGGAGAGGCCGCCGUACGGCUUUUUGCUAGACACGGCGCAAAGGUCAUUGUCGCGGAUGUUGAAGAUGUCCUUGGAGAAGCUCUCGCGAGUUCGCUGGCCCCUAAUUAUUGUGUCACCUACGUUCACUGCGACGUGAGCUCGGAACCCGACGUGGAGAACAUGAUAAGUUCGACGCUCUCCCGCUACGGCCACCUCGACAUCCUCUUCAACAAUGCUGGGGUCCUAGGGAGCCAAUCGGGUAAGAGCAAGAGCAUACUGAACUUUAACGCCGAGGAGUUCGACCACGUGAUGAGAGUGAACGUCCGGGGCACGGCGCUGGGGAUGAAGCAUGCGGCCCGGGCCAUGAUACCGCGGGGGAGCGGGUGCAUCAUCUCGAUGGCCAGCGUGGCCGGGGUCCUCGGGGGCCUGGGCCCGCACGCCUACACGGCGUCGAAGCACGCCAUCGUGGGGCUCACGAAGAAUGCGGCGUGCGAGCUGGGCCGGUACGGGAUCCGGGUCAACUGCAUCUCGCCUUUCGGGGUGGCAACGUCGAUGCUAGUCAACGCAUGGAGCGGCGGUGGCGGCAGCGACCAGGAAGGGGAGGGAGCAGAUGAAUGUAUGAGUUUCGGGGUACCGUGCGAGCAAGAAGUUGAGAAGAUGGAGGAGUUUGUGAGGAGUCUUGCCAAUCUGAGGGGACCAACGCUUAGGGCUAAGGACAUUGCCGAGGCCGCUUUGUAUCUUGCUAGCGACGAGUCCAAGUAUGUCAGUGGCCACAACUUGGUUGUUGAUGGGGGUGUCACCACUUCAAGAAACUGUGUUGGUUUGUAGGAUUUUCUUUUCCAACU